AUGAGGAUAUUGUUUCUGGUGGGUGGGUGUCAGCUUGUUAGAAAUUUGGAGUUACAGCCGGUUGAUAACUUGGGGUUUUCCAAGAGAUAUGUCCGGUGCUUGCAGAUAUCUGAGAUUAUCAACAGUAUGAAAGACUUGAUCACUUUCAGCAUGGACAAAAACAUUGGACCUAUUGAGAGCUUGAAAUGUUAUUCUCAAGAAAACCGCACAACCAAACCCCAGGAAGAUGAACCACAAAGAAAGGAAAGUGAUCAUUACCCUUCAGUUGGCAGGAGAAAGUUAAUGGCCACUUCUCUUUUUAACAAUGAUGGAAAUGAAAAAUCAGACAUUCCUAGAUGUGGGCCUAUGACUGCCUCAGAAGAAGCAUUGGUGUCUCCUGGUUAUUAUACACGAUUGCUGGGGCGGAACUCAUUUAACUCCGAUAUGAGCAAAGUGAUGCCGGAGCAUUCGUCAUCAUGCAUCAGGACUAAACUGGGUGCAUCUCCGAUAUCUCUUGGAGGUCUUAAAACCUUAAAUACUGGAAAUAUUAAGGAUUUAUUAGUUGACGGCUUGUCAAGUUCCCAUUCCUCCGGAUGCAAGCAGAAAACGGAGAACAACCUUAUUCAGAAAUUGCUACAGGAAAUGAUCAAUAACAGUAGAACAGCAAAGAGGGGAAGUGAGUUGGAUAAAGUACACCAUAAGCGUAGUAGCAGUACCGUGGCUGACUUGCCAGCCGCAAUGGAUGACUACAAGGUAGCUUUCAACGACAGUCAGGCUGCCUUGGGAAAUGCAACAAAUAAUACUGUGGGGAAAUUCAACUCCGUUACAGCUGCAGCUUCUGAUGUGGACCAUUAUGGGAUUUAUGGUAAUGGGAGUUUCUCUAGAAGAGAACAUCAUUUGCCAGAAGUUACCCACAGCAUCGUUUCUGGGUUUAACUCAAAAACACAAUUUCUGAUGUAGUUGUGGUGACUGAGCUCAUUGUGAUAUCUAUCAAG